AUGUCAGCAUUCCAAGCAGCCCCUGUGCAUCUCGUCGGCAGUUUUCCAGCCCCGGAUGCGACGACGGCAUUUUCCAAGUGUGCAAUUGCUCUGAAAGGGCGCCUUAAGACCAUCCCCGAUGGUGAGCCAGGGUGGCGUUGGAACUUCACCAUCGGUCUGGUCCAAAAGAAAGCCACGGAAAACCCGGCGAUUGGCAGGAUCUGGCGUGAGUAUGACGAGAAAUACGACCCUCUGCCGGUGAAGGAGAUGUCGGCCGAGGAUGUUGAACAGCUCCAUGAGGCCAUUAAGUCCACGUCGUGGAAGCUUGGAUAUGCUGAGGACGCCGUCGAGUCGUAUAAGGUCUUUUGCAAGUUGCGGCAAGAGGGUACAAUCGAGAAGCACGUGCGGUUCCAGGUGUGUUUGCCGGGAGUUUCGAGUAUGGCCAUCUUUGUCAAGCCUGCAUUUCAAUAUCUGGUAGAGGAUCUCACCUACCAGGCCAUGCUGCAGGAGACGGAGGCAAUCACCAGGGCCAUCCCAACGGAGGAUCUCGCAAUCCAAUUCGAUAUUGCGAGCGACUACAUCAAGAACGAGGCCCAACAGGAUCCAUCAUCCUAUCUGGGUGUGCUGAGGGAGGACUUCCACCCGCCUCAAGAGGAUGCCAUGGAGCGGUAUUCCGGCCAGUAUGCAGGCUUGAUGGAAAAGGUCCCCGCGGAGGCCUACACGGGCCUGCACAUCUGCAUGGGCAAUAUAAACAACAAGCCCGUCCUGGCGCCACGGGACAUGUCCGUCAUGGUUGCACUGGCGAACCGGAUCAUAUCCAAGGCCAAAGCCAGCAGACAGGUACAGUGGAUACACUUUGGCUGUCUGGCAGAAUGGAAGGACCCGACUCCCUACGGCGCUCUCUCAAAACUGGAGGAUAAGAACGUAGCCGUCUACCUCGGGCUUGUAUAUCCAGAUGACCUGAAAGGUUCAAAAGAGAGAGUUGCUGCCGCGAGGAAACACUUGGGGAAAUUUGGCGUCGCCCCGGUCUGCGGUCUUGCGAGAACAUCGGAGGAUGGUGUGCAGUCGGUCCUAAACAUUCUCAAGGACCUGACUCCGGAGGCUGUUGUCGGAUAG